CAGUACUUGAAAAAAAAAACAAAAAAAAUAUUUUAUUAUUAACUAUGGCAGCUAAUUUUGGUUUGAGUUUAGUCUUCAUUGCCAUAAUGGUUGCAUCUAUGCAGUUUCAUGGCACCAUGGCUCAGACCACACACAUAGUCGGUGACGCCUCGGGAUGGACCAUUCUUAAUGGUGGCGCUGCGGCUUACACCACUUGGGCUUCACAACAAACCUUCACCGUCGGUGACGCUCUGAUCUUUAACUUCACCAACCGACAACACGACGUUGCAGAGGUUUCAGCAGCGGCCUACGACCCAUGCACUUCCACUAAUCCCAUCUCCCUCGCCACCACUAGCCCCGCGACCCUCGCUUUGACCACACCUGGCACACAUUAUUACAUUUGCACCUUCACAAGUCAUUGUCAAAUUGGUCAGAAGUUAACUAUUAAUGUCUCCGCCUCCGCCACCGCCACGUCACCUCCAUUAACUACUCCUACAACACCAGCGUCUCCACCUACCACCACUCCUCCAUCAUUGACUCCAACAACACCCACUGAAUUACCAUGUCCCCCCACCUCAUCUCCGACUUCCAGCCCGUUAUCGCCACCAACCUUCACCACCGGCAACACUACACCAACACCUAAUAGUGCAGCUCCAUCCUUUACGGCUGUGGUGCCUGCCGCUUUGAUGGCAAUUGGCUUAGCUUUUUUGAAUUUUUAAAUUUGUGAACCGAGGGACUACACUUAUAUUUUUAUCAUUUUAUAUGUCUUGCUUAAAUUUGAUGUAUUUUUUUCUUUAGUUUUGUUGUUAAUUGUUGGUGUUGGAGGUUUGCUUGGAUAUAUAUCCAUUAUGUGCUUGAGAUUUAUUGA